AUGCAGCGGGAGGCAGACCCGGUGCGAGUUGAGGACGAUGUGACAUUGGCGCUACGUGGAGAGCGAAUCCCGCUUCGGAACGCGGUGUCGUCCGCGUACAACCGCCCGCGGCAAGAGCUGCUGGUCGCCACACCGGCCGCUCUCUUCCUGUACGGGAAAAUGCUAACGGCGGGUGGUGACCUGCUCGCUACUCUAUCAGCCGAGGAGAAUGCCUACUUCCAGUUUGUCGUGUAUCUUCCUUGGCUGGACGCGUACUCCGUCAUCGUCUCCCACGCAAGCGGGAAAGUCGACCACCGCAUUGUCAGCUCCGACCUCAAGACAUCGCUGACGUCGCACACGCUGUUGGAUCAAGGGGGUCAGUUUUACACGGCGCUGGCGAACCCAUACCGACGAGAGCUCAUUACGGCGGACACGGACGGAGGCAUCAGAGUGUGGGCGUUGCGUGUCAUCGCCACUGCACACAACGAUGGGGGCUUCAAGGGGGUCCUGCGCGUUCACACAGCUGCGAACUCGCAGACGAAGAAACCAUACUAUCGUCACCUUCGGAUGAGCUUCGACGGCAACAAGAUAUUCGCAGCGACGACCACGAAAGUUUACGUUUUCGAUGCCGCCUCGUGCCAUCGAUUGCCCUGUUGUCUACGUGAAGAUCGCCGAACCAUUUUCAGCAUAGACUGCGGUAACCGAGAUAAUAGCGUCUAUAUCGUGUUCAGGAUGAACCUGAGGUAG